UUUCUCGGUAUAGGCGUUGGUAUUGCCCGCACGAUAACUCCCAUGUACGUGUCAGAAGUCGCCGACAUAAACAUCAGAGGAACCCUAGGUACUAUAAUCGCAGUGGACGUAUAUACCGGAACAAUGAUAACCUGCGCCCUAGGAAUCUGGCUGACGUACAACUCACUCCUGCUGGCUCUUGUAAUACUAUCCUUUAUAUCCUUCUUCCCGAACACCUGUUUCCCCGAAACACCGUAUUUCUUGGUAGCAAAAGGACUAAAGGAGGAAGCAUCCAAGUCCAUAGCAUAUUACAAAAAUAUCACAGAUCCUCAGAGAGUGGAAAUCGAACUACGUGCUCUACGCACAGAAGCCAGAUACGAAUUACACCCACAAUCCAGAUGUGAAUUAAACCAACAAUCCAGAAGCGAUUUACACUCACAAUCCACAAACGAUAUACACCGGCCAUCCACACGCGAAAUGCACCAACCAUCCACAAGCGAAAUACACUCAGAACCCACAAGCGAAAUACACCAGCCAUCCACAAGUCAAAUACACCGAUCAUCCACAAGUCAAAUACACCGACCAUCCACAAGUCAAUUACACCCAGAAACCAUAAGCGAAAUACACCAAUCAUCCACAAGCGAAAUACACCAACGAUCCACAAGCGAAAUACACCCAGGACCCACAAGCGAAAUACACCCAGGAACGAGAAGCGAAUUACAAUCGCGAUCCAGAAGCGAUUUACGCACAGAAUUCAAUGUGGAUUCACAAGGGUCGACAGACUCAGAUGAGACAUACAUGGAUGGAACUGAAUAUACCUGUAUGACCAAGCUGCAAGUAAUACUACAUCGAAACUACAGGAAAGCUCUGUAUAUCAUGCUUGGCUUGACCAUGGCACAACAACUUAGCGGAAACUUCAUCACUACGCAGCAUCUGGAAGUGUUGUUAAGGAAAACAACGAUCGUUAUCGAUCCACACGAAGCGACGAUUUUGGUCCUGUUUGUCAGCUUUGUAUCUGGCAGUUUAAUCUCCUUCGCAUUGCAAUUCGUAGGAAGAAGAACACUUUUGCUUCUCUCUACGGGUGGGACGAGUAUUACAUUGAUUAUUUUAGCAAUUUAUCUAGUGUUAUUUGGAAAUCUGCUUGAGGCUUCCAACGUCUCUAUUAUUCCAGUUAUCGACUUAAUUAUAUAUCAAGUAUUGUUUGAAAUUGGUUUAGGUACGUUACCCAAUGUCCUCCUAUGCGACUUAUUUCCUGCGGAACUAAGAGGCUUUGUUAGUGUCAUCAAUGUCACAUUCGAUGCUAUAAUUGGUCUUAUCGUGAUGGUACUGUAUAAAGUAUUUGUAGAUAAUUUAGGGUCGUAUACGAUUUACUUUAUCUUCGCGACAUCAUGCUUCUUGGCAUUCCUGAUGGUGUUCAUAUGGGUACCGGAAACAAAAGGAAAAACAUAUAACGAGAUUGAAGCGCUUCUAGCUGGUGAAAAUUUGAAUUCUUUGAAUGAAGAAGUUCGAACCGAUGAAAUGGAUGUUCGUAGAAUAUGACAGGAAAAAUUGCACCGUACGUCCGCGGCACGGUGUCUACAUACUCGGAAUAUUUUAUUUCUCAUUUUUAUUAGUAUAACGAUAAAGAUCUACAAUUUUAUCACGAUAUGCAAUUUCUGUAGUAACAGA